UACCGCACACCGCUAGCGUUUCCGGCCAGUGCUGUCGUAUUGCUUCCUACAGGCCGCUCAUGAUACUGCACUGUACAUGUUUACAGAUGUUGCAGUGAGUGCAGAUCUGUAUUGUACAUGCAGGUGUCCGCGUCGGCAUAGAAUAUCAUAGCCGCAGACGUUUCUUUCUUAAUCUCCGGCAAUAACUUUGGCAGCCGCUGCAGUGCUAUUCUAUAUGGUUGUUUUGUUCUACCGGCAUUCACUGCAUGCCGAUCAUCCGAAAGUAUCGUUUAAUUUAUCCAUCUAUCGAUAGCGGGGGAAACAAUUACCACUUCGGCUUGGUUAGCAGCGGCCUGUGUUUGGCAGUGGUCACUUUGGUGCGUAAAGUGGUUCUGAUCCAACGCUUUUGUUGUUCCCCGUCCCGCGUCUCGCUGGGAUUCAUCUGCAACUCAUCCAUCGUACCGCUGCUUUAAUUAGCUGACAUCAAUCAGGCAACUUGACAUCUUAAUUUCGUUGUAUUCUUAACCCAUCCAAGGGCUGACUAGGUUAAUUUGAAUCUGAACCAGCAUUUUGCAACUGCAACCAGGGAAUUGUGUGGAUAUAAUAAUAUUAAUCUGGUGAAUUAUUACUGAACGAAGGCUGAUGCAAUGCGCGUAUAGUGCCGACGCGCCGGUCCACUUCACUGGUCAGCCACGAUGAGCGUCCAUAAGGAUGCGCGGCUGGUUUGACGCCUUUCGGGAGGGGGGCGGGCCAACCCUGUACGCCUCCCAGCGCAUCGCCGCCACCCACGACAACAUCCUCAUCGGCCUGUACGCCACCUUCGCCGCGCUCUUCCUCGCCUUCCUCCUCAUUAUCCCCGGAAUUCGCCGCAAUAAGGUACCGACGCUGGUCCUGUUGACGGCCAGCAUGUUCGUCCUGGCCAGCAUCAUCAUCUGCCGGUUCUCGCCCAACUGGCACGUGGCCUCUUCCAGCAUUCUGGCUUCUUACAAGCGCACUACGCCACAAAAGCUCCCCGGCAUCAUCGGCGUCCAGAUCGGCCUGGAGUUCUUUAACGUUACCCUGCAGAUAACGGAGGGCAAUCGGAGUUACGAGAGCGCUGCCGGCAGCGACUACUCCUCCGCCAGUGAUCUCCAGUUUAACGAGCGCUACUCCUGGCACGAAGUGGAGGAGGUGCGGAAGCAGUACCAGGAGUCGCUGGAGCGCGGCCUGCCCUACCCGAUCCUGACGGUGGCGGAAGUGCUGUCGAUGGACGCCGGGAGUUUCGCCUGGGGCCGCAGUUACCGGCUGGCCGGCUACUACGCGGGCAUCGUGCUCUGGUCGGCCUUGGCGUCGUGGGCGCUGAUGAACGCGCUGUUCUGCCUGGUGCCGCGCUACAGCGGCUACUUCAUGCUGCUGACCGGCGGCCUCCUGCUGGCCUGCAACACGCUCUACUCCAACCUCCUUCCGGCGCCCGGGCUCACCGUGCGCUUCGAGCAGGGCCUGCUGCGCUUCCAGUACGGCUGGUGCUUCUGGAUGGUCCUCAGCGCCGGUCUCCUGUGCGUCGUCUUCGGCCUGGGCACCCUCAUCGUCGACUACUUCUUCCCGCAGCUGCUGACGGAGGUGCAUUCCAGCUGGCGCUACACCACGCGAAUGCCGGCACCCCUCCCGCAGCCUUACAGCCUGUGCCACGACCACCGCCUGCGUCCGGCGUCCGCCAACGUCCACCUCCACAAGUCGGAGAGCGCCCCGGCCGCCGCCAUCCAGAUCCGGCCGUUCCAGGACCUGCCCUUGGCGCAGCAGCACUCCCUCUCGGCCGUCAACUGGACCUCCGACCCGCAGCACCCACCGCCCCGCACCUCACUCUACCGGCGUCAGGCCAGCACGGACAGUGCGCCCUACAUGGUGGGCAGCGUCGAGGAGAUCAACCGCAUCUCCAAUCUGCCCUUCACCGGAGCCUCCCUCGCGGCGGAGACCGCCGGAACGCUCAGCCGCAUCCAGUCGGAGAAGGUCCUGCAAUCGCCGUCCGGGAAAAUGCCGGUGACGCGCUCGCUGUCGACCUCGGCGGACGGCGGUGUGCCGCUGCAGGAGCUGCGGGUAACGCGCGAUGGGCGGGGCUAUGUGGAUCCCGUGGUGACCUGGGACAUCAACGUCCAGGAAGGCACCGAGGAGGAGGACGCGGGCGCCGGCGAGAACACCCGGCUUUGAUGACCUUUGCAUCGAUGACUGCUUUGUUGUUGUUUAUUGUUACUGUCGCGUUGGUGUUGGAGUGAACGUGCUCGACACCUGUUGACCUUAUUACAAUCCGGGCUUUCUUACUGUAGCUGUUGAUCGAAGCGAGCGGCCGGCAAUGAUUCGCGGCCGCUGAAAAUGACUGUUUUAGAUGUUUGUCUUUGCAUGGUGCUUAUUUGGAGUUGCGGCUGAUUCUUCAUCAGCGGGUGGAUUUUCUGCAGUGCUACGAUUCUUGUACAGAGCAAGUGCUGCCAGUCGAGUUAAUUUGGGUAAAUUAAAACGCUUUG